AUGAUGAGCAAAAAGAAGCAUAUUUCGCCUGAUGGCGAUGCCGAUUCGUCAAAUGAACCAAGUCUCACCAAGAAAGAAACCAAGGCAUUGCUAUCUGGCGCCCCUCAUUUCCUUCUGGAAAAGGGCAAGCAUGGCCGGUGGUACCCCCAGGUGAUAUUUCCCUGGGACGAGCAAAACCCAAUCAUCCAGCAUAUGUGGGAUCGCAAGCCAUUGCCCCAUGCAUCCUUUACUCUAAGCACCCUCCACGCUCAUCUACCAAUCCCAGAUGACUGGGUUUGCAAAGGCGGCGUUCCGAUCCAACUGCCCGAUUGGCGCCGAACAGGCGCUAUAAACAGAGCGACUUUUGACGUCGGCGUCUUCGAAGUACCAAACAUGCUAUCCAACAACGGGAAGGAACCCGGCACUAUCGGUUUCCGGCAUUUCCUUGAACUCGCCGUGGCUGAUGCGGUCAAAUACACGGGUCCUGAAAAGCCCAGGCAGGCUCCAUAUAUGCAACAAGUGUCUACCAUGGGAGCAACGGAGGCGUAUGACUUGAUGGAAGGAUAUAACAAACCAUAUUCUCAAUGCCAAAGUGGUGCCGUUUUUGAUCGGCAUAGACUGAUAUGUGAAGGGCCUGAGGCUUGGAAACGCAUUGGCGUACGGGAUAUCAACCUUCAAUCCCUUGUACAACGAUUAGAACAUCUACGCCGACUCCGCCACGAAAUGCUUACUGAGGGAUCAACCAGAACGAUUGUGGAUCAUGAGAAUCCGCGCGAAUUACAUGAUAAUCUCCACAGUCGAUUCCUUCACCCUCACCCGCCAGUUGACGACAUCAUAGAAGGUCAUGCGGAAAGCAUCAAAUCGCAAAUCAAGACACUGGCAAUUGUGCUGGCAACGCCAGGCGCGUGGAUCAAUUUCAGUCUCCCUGAAUGGCGUUUCCGAGCAGGACAGAUUCUUUGGGAGGCAUCGCUGCAUGGUGAUGGAGACUGUCUGGACCCCAGAUCCGGUAAUGAGAAAAUGCCACGGGAUGUUGUGAUCAAGUCCGGGAUGGAGCGCAAGUGGUUUUUGAUUCAGCUGCUUCUCUCUGCCGAGCUGCUUCUCCGCUUGGAUGCGUUCAUUCGAAUUGGCAUGCUGCAUGAUCCGCAUGGUGGACAUAUCACAAUUCAAGAACUUCAUCAAUUCGAUAAAUUGCGAGAAGGGAAGUUGAAUUGGGAUUUAAUUGUUGUCCGAAGAUUCCUUAACAGUCUCAAUAUAACCUGUCCAUCACCUCAGCCAGGACUAUCGCCCGUCAACUCACGGUCGAAAUCUUCGGGCAGCAAAACGCCCGAGAAACCUCAUCGGUUUGCUUUGCUCGAUAGUCUCACUCGGCGAAACUCGCCGCCUGCUGCAGAUUUACAGUCUGCCUGGGAUUGUCAGUUGAGCUCUACGCAUGUCAGACAGCAGCUGGAGGGACUUUAUGUCUUCGCAGAGAACAUUGGAUGGCCCAAAUUGGCUGCAUUGAAAGAAACUAUGAGGCUCAAGCUCGAGGACCCUGGCAAUCCCGUUCUGCCAGCUUUGGUUGUCGAUGAUAGGUGGGGAAAGGAGAAGAUAUCUAAGGAAUUGUCGUUGGCCAAAGAGGAUAUGUACACAAGAGACCCUUGUCGCCGCUGCGUCAAGCUUUGUGCUGGUCACCCACGGUCUAAAAGCCUAGGUUGGAUCUCACGCUCCUGGUUGUCUGGAUUCGUGAUCCCGGGUGAGGGAACUAGUCACCUCCUCAUGGCGACGCUGUUGGAGAAUGAUCCAGAUGCACUGGAACGACUGGGUUCGAUCGCCAACCUCUAUGGAGGGUUCGUUUAUGAGGGACGCAGUUGGUGGAGCAAAGCAUGUGUCGUUGGACGCGUGUUGUCUAGCGCAACGGGAGCUAAGACAUGCAUGGGGUGGAUCAGCAGCGACAUGAUACCACGGGACGCGACUACACGGGAGACGUUCGAGCGUGGUUGGCUCGAACUCCCAGUUGAAGAGGUUGCCCAGACCUCGAGCAGGCCUCGAAUCAGGCAGGGACCUAAGGUUUCGAUGGAAUCGACACCGCUAGGUAUGGGAGAUAUCACGGCGGAGGUAUUUACGCUUCCAACGGAGGAUCCAGAGCCCAGUGCGACCAGGGUAAAAGCUAAAGACCUGACUCUGUCUGUCGAUGACUACGCGCCUAAGGGGAAGAACAUUACACCUGCGCAGGCCUCCUUGUCGUUCUCCGUCGAAGAUGCCGCAGUGGCUGGAGGUUCAACUACGGUCUGUUUCCCUCUCAAGUAUAACGUCCGCUUUAUCUCCGGCCAUGAGUGUUGUCCGCCGCUGGGCGUCGUCUCCCACAAGGACUCCGACCGCAAAAAAGAUGCAACGCAACCUACGAGGCCAGUGUCGAAGUAUACACGUCUACCAGGCCAUCUCCUGCACACCUCUUUCCGAUAUAAAUAUGUCGCAUUGAAUUCCCUUUCCAGUACUCCAGCGCCGCAACCAACGUCAUCGCAAGGACCAGAGGCUCAAGCUCCAGAGGUCAUCGUCAUCGACGCUCGGGGUAACCGAGACAGGGAAACAUUUGCUCGAGCGUGGUGUGCUUCAGUUGGGUGCCAUGCGAUCAUAAGUCGAUCCGGGGGCACUCGUGUGGCCUGUUGUGUCGCAUGCUCAAUCAGGCAAGCCAGAGCAAUCGGUAUAAUAGUUGUGAUACGUGUCAGCGAAUAA